AAACAUCAUACACACAAGUAAAGUAAUAUUCUUUUUAUACUAAAAUCUAUUAUCAAAUUUGGCGUUAUGAACGAUCAGAAUGAAAAGAAAGAUGCGGCAUCCAAUGGGGAGAUGAGUAAACCUGACCAAAUGAAACCCCCCAAGGAAUUUAAACGACCUUCAGCCGAUGGUGGUUCUAGGCCUCCACCAAGUCGAUACAUUCAAACCUCUGAGGACAAUAAGGAUUCCACGUUCGAGAUGGUUCUCGUCGGUAUUUGCUGGUUCCUUGUGAUCAUAACGUUUCCCAUUUCCAUUUUGUUUUGCCUAACCGUGGUUCCCGAGUACUCUAGAAUGAUUAUACUUCGGCUAGGUCGUCUUAGGAAAGGUCUUCGAGGUCCAGGACUGGUGUUCAUCCUUCCGUGCAUUGAUGACAUUCACCGAGUAGAUAUGCGCACCGACGUGACCAAUGUUCGCCCACAGGAUGUACUUACAAAGGAUUCGGUGACGAUUACCGUAAAUGCCGUCGUGUACUAUUGCAUUUACAGUCCCAUCGACUCGAUUAUCCAAGUGGACGAUGCAAAACAGGCCACCGAGCUGAUAUCCCAGGUCACGCUGCGUAAUAUAGUGGGAUCAAAAACGCUCAAUGUCCUCUUGACCUCCAGGCAGCAACUUUCUAGGGAAAUCCAGCAGGCAGUAGCAGGAAUCACAUUUCGCUGGGGAGUUCGCGUUGAACGGGUGGAUGUAAUGGACAUCACAUUACCAUCUAGUCUUGAAAGAUCCUUGGCCAGCGAGGCUGAAGCUGUCAGGGAAGCUCGUGCCAAGAUAAUUCUGGCCGAAGGUGAGCUUAAGGCUUCAAAGGCGCUGAAGGAGGCCUCCGAUGUGAUGUCGCAGAACAAGAUUACACUUCAGCUGAGGCACCUGCAGAUCCUUUCAUCGAUCGCUUCGGAGCGAAGAGUUAGGAUAAUUUACCCGAUUCCUCUGGAGAUUAUGGAACCCUUUAUGUCUGGUAAGGAUGGGCAAAAAAAAGACGGUGAUGGGGGAAGAGGUGGUGGCAAGGAAACUAAGAAUGACGAUGCUGCCGGAGGUAGCAAGGAAACCCGAAAGGAAGGUGGUGGUCCUAUUCGUUUCAGUGACGGAAGUAGUGGAGGACUUUUGUCCAAAUUUAUCUUUUCUGGUAAGGACGAGCAGAAACAAACUACUAGAGCAGGUGACAAAUCAAGUGACCCAAAUGAACCCUGCUUCUCAAAGGGUCUUAUGGAAUAUACUGGUGAAGACCAAGCAUUAAAUCAAAAACCCCACGAAGGCCAAGAAGUUAAGAUAGAUGAUGAAAACCGGAGACCUACAUAUGUCGCCUAUGAAAUGGAGUGUGUUAAACGAAGUCCUGCGAAAUUUUCGGAUACCGUUGACACUGCCGAGGCGAAUCAGAAGCGCACUGCUCCACAGCAACCAGGAGGCCUGGCGUUUAUGGACCUGCAAUCUUAUCGGGACUUCCUGCAAACUCGUUGGUAAUCAGCCGGCGGGCUGGCAGCCUCCUGGCAGCCUCCUGGCAGCCUCCUGGCAGCAGGACAAUGGGAAGGCCAAGCGUGAAAUGAGCAACAGUCACGUCAGCCACGUGGGGCCACAAACUUGAUUGAAGGGCAUUAUCCCUGCUCUCCUUUUCCACUGGAGCGACAUUGACACUGCCAUUGAAUGGCCUCCAAGCGUUUUUUUUGAGACAUGAUAAAAAAUAGCCGAACACUGGGUGUGUUUCAGUAGCGGUGAGAAUGGA